ACGAUAUUGUUAUAACUUGCUCCAUGAUUGUGUGUGCAGACUUUUGAUCACUUAUAUUUGUAUAAUGCAGCAGUCUGCAUUUGAUUCCCUUCAAUUGCAAACACAUGGUUCAAGAUUUCGUGUUUUGGUUGGUUUGACUGGUAGUGUAGCUGCUCUCAAAGCGCCGUUGUUGGUAACACAACUCCUUGAAAUACCAGAGGUUGAUGUACGUGUGGUCACCACAGACCACGCCACUCAUUUUUAUAGCAUCAGUGAAGUCCCUGUUCGUGUAUACACAGAUAAAGAUGAAUGGGAGAUAUGGACAAAGCGCACUGACCCUGUGCUUCAUAUUGAACUUAGACGGUGGGCGGAUCUUUUAGUCAUUGCCCCACUUGAUGCCAAUACACUUGGCAAAAUUGCCAAUGGAAUCUGUGACAACCUCCUGACAUGUGUGGUUCGGGCUUGGGACACAAGCCGUCCUCUGCUUUUCUGUCCUGCUAUGAACACAGCCAUGUGGCAUCACCCUAUCACUGCACAGCAGGUGGCCACACUUAAAGGCUUUGGCUAUGUUGAGAUCCCAUGUAUUGCGAAAAAACUUGUCUGUGGAGAUGAAGUCUCUAUCCUCACAGGUAAAGGUGCCAUGGCCGAGGUUUCAACUAUUGUUGAUACUGUCAAACAAUACCUUCAGAAACCUGCUGAAUGAUUUCAAACUUUAUUUAUACAAUUAACAAAAAACAUACAGUACAUACGUUGUGGUGUGAUAUUAGUUAUGUUAUUUCAAUGUUCUAUAGUUUUUUUUUACAUAAGUUUAAAUAAAUAGUUUUUUUCCCUGUUAAAAAAAAGUGGAAUUAUGUUUUUAUUUUAGUUUCAUAUUUCAACUGAAUGUUAGUAUUAGGUAAUACAAAAGUAUAUUCACAGUAAUGCCAUAGACAAACCUUUUUUGGUUCUCCAAAGAACCAUUCAGUCAAAAGUUCUUAAUAGGACCAUUACUUUCUUACCUUUUAUUGUCUAAAAACAUUUAACCACUGCAGAGAACCUUUUCUGGACAGAAAGGUUCUUUGGAUAUUAAUUAAGGUUCUUUAUGGAACCAUACAGCCAAAAAUGGUCAUUCUGUGGCAUUGUGUAGUACCUUUCUUUUUAAGAGUGUUGUAUCCCUAUAAUUGAUCCUCAAUUUUAUAAGCACAUAUUAAUGAAAAGCAGAUGCUCCCAUUUCAAAACAAAUUCUCCAAAAGUCUAAUGUAGUUUUAGGGUUAGGGUCAGUGCAGCUAUAAAGACUGUUAGUUCAUUUUCGCUGUAUAAUUGCUGUAUAAUAUGGAUCAAUAUUAGAUAGAUUAGUUUAAAUAUUAAAAUGUAUUAAGGUGUUGAGUUGUAUCAAGCAUGUAGUUGAAUAGUAAUCACCUUAUAAAGAAACAGUUAUUUACUUUGAAUGAAAGUCUACCAAAUUAAUCUCUUCUCCACGAAUAAGCUGGUGGGCGUUCUGGCGCAAUGUGGGUAUCGUUGCAUCAUCCAAGUGGUGGUUGAGAAAAAUUACCUCUUAAAUAUGUAAAGCGCUUUGAGUGCUGCAGAAAUGCGCUAUAUAAAUGCAACAAAUUAUUAUUAUUAUUAUUAUGAUACACUCACCUAAAGGAUUAUUAGGAACACCAUACUAAUACUGUGUUUGACCCCCUUUCGCCUUCAGAACUGCCUUAAUUUUGCCAUUGAUUCAACAAGGUGCUGAAACGAUCUUUAGAAAUGUUGGCCCAUAUUGAUAGGAUAUCAUCUUGCAGUUGAUGGAGAUUUGUGGGAUGCACAUCCACAGCAUGAAGCUCCCGUUCCACCACAUCCCAAAGAUGCUCUACUGGGUUGAGAUCUGGUGAUUGUAGGGGCCAUUUUAGUACCGUGAACUCAUUGAUAUGUACAAGAAACCAAUUUGAAAUGAUUUGAGCUUUGUGACAUAGUGCAUUAUCCUGCAUGUACAUGGUGGUCAUUAAGGGAUGGACAUGGUCAGCAACAAUGCUCAGGUAGGCCGUGGGAUUUAAACGAUGCCCAAUUGGCACUAAGGGGCUUAAGUGUGCCAAGAAAACGUCCCCCACAUCAUUACACCACCAGCCUGCACAGUGGUAACAAGGCAUGAUGGAUCCAUGCCCUCAUUCUGUCUACGCCAAAUUCUGACUCUACCAUCUGAAUGUCUCAACAGAAAUCGAGACUUAUCAGACCAGGCAACAUUUUCUUCAACUGUCCAAUUUUGGUGAGCUCGUGCAAAUUGUAGCCUCUUUUUCCUAUUUGUAGUGGAGAUGAGUGGUACCCGGUGGGGUCUUCUGCUGUUGUAGCCCAUCCGCCUCAAGGUUGUGCGUGUUGUGGCUUCACAAAUGCUUUGCUGCAUACCUCGGUUGUAACAAGUGGUUAUUUCAGUCAAAGUUGUUCUUCUAUCAGCUUGAAUCAGUCGCCUCAUUCUCCUCUGAUGUCUAGCAUCAACAAGGCAUUUUUGCCCACAGGACUGCCGCAUACUUUCACACUUUUCUUUGUAAACCCUAGAAAUUGUUGUGCGUGAAAAUCCCAGUAACUGAGCAGAUUGUGAAAUACUCAGACUGGCCCAUCUAGGACCAACAACCAUGACACGCUCAACUUUCCCAUUCUGACAUUCAGAUUGGAGUUCAGGAGAUUGUCUUGACCAGGAUCACAUCCCUAAACGCAUUGAAGCAACUGCCAUGUGAUUGGUUGAUUAGAUAAUUGCAUUAAUGUAAAAUUGAACAGAUGUUCCUUAUAAUCCUUGGUGAGUGUAUAAUCAGAGGAAGAAGCCUUAGUUUUAUUAUGUAUUCAGAAGAAAAUCAAAAGAAACAAAAGUCUGGGAAUGUUUAAAUCUUUACAUUUAUGGUUCUUUUGGAAACUUAAAUAAAUCCUAAAUGUGUGAUUAUUUUUAAAAUCAUAGUUCUGUUUUGCCUUAGCCACAAUUAUAGAAAGCCAAUUUGCUUAAUAAAACAAUGCUAGUGAGCUGGCUAAAAAAACUACCAAAAGAAAAUGUAAAACACCUUAAAAUAAGAUAAUUUUCCACUGUUUAAAAAGGUUUUAAAAUUAAUUUUCAGAUUAACUACAGGCGUCUCAACUUUGUUUAUGUGAGCAAUAAAUAACAUAUAUAAAACUGUUAUGAUCAGUCCUGAAGAAAAAACACAUGACUAUAAGUUUAUGCAACCGGCCACUGGAACUCCUCUUUGCAAGAGAUUUCUGUCUAUGAUAUAGAAGAGACUGUCAUAUACCCUGCUAAGAUGUUUGGUAAACAUGUCUUUGGGGUUAGAAAAGGCUGUAUCUGUGUCACUUUUAUGUAAAAGGAUUGAUAACAUCCUGCUAAUGUGUGUCUAAAGAGAAACAGCUUAUCCCGAGAAAGCAGACGCAGUUGAAAAAAAAUAGCUUUUCUGGACCAGUGUUACACUGUAACUUUUUGGCCAGAUAUAAACCUGUUAAAUGUGAUGUUAUAAUAACAUCGAACAAAUAUUUUCCUAGCAUUUUAAUACGUUCUUAAAUAUUUGACUACAACAGGAGAGCUUUUUUUGUUUAUAAAUUUGUUGUUUCCAUGAGGUUUCUGUUAUGACAACUUGGGGCAUGUUGUCACAAAAGUUAAAAAGAUAAAUGUGUUAUAUUAAUAUAUUAUAAUAUACAAAAUCCUUUGAUAAAUGUUCACUGAAGUAUAGAAUGUGACAACUAGCCCCUGUCUCCCCCAUAUGUAAUUGAUAGGAUGAUGCCUACAUUUUCACACUUAUUUAAUGCCCAUACUGUAUUAAAGAUAGGUUAUUUGUUUUUUGUUUGGACAUUCACUUCAUUCGAAUUUGUUUUGCAAAACACCUGAGAUGUUGUCAUCAGAUGUAGUCAUUGCUGAUUUACACAUGAUUCCUUGUACGCUUGCUGUGACUUGUCCUCUUGUCAUUGGCUGCCAGGACAGAAUUUUAAAGCAAACGCCCCAGCAGGAAGAGAGAUGUUUAUCAGGCGUUGCUAGAAAUGAGUGACAUCAAAGAGCUGGGUAUAAUGGGAGGUUCCUAUCUCUCUGCAUACUAAAUGAGUUUUUUAUCAUGUAGACAGCGCUGAUCUGUAUCAGUCAAUUCAGUUCAUUAAAAUUCUCGUUGCAAAGGUGUAUCAUUAACAGAUCCGUUCACAUCCUCCCCCUGUAUUCUUUCAAAACCUUUAAGAGCAACAGAAAAUCUGUUUAAUUGUAAAAAAAUAUUUUGCUUGUUAAGAGUAUAUCAUCAUCAAAAUAAAAAAGAUUUUCCAUUAUAGUUUUCAAAUGAAAGCACAAAGGACUGGCACACUGAUGCAGGGCUCAGGUGUACCCCAACAGAUUGCUUGAUGCUGGAGGUGUCAGUAAGGUUGAAUAAACACUUGUCACGUUUCCUGCUUGUUUUCCUUUGGGAAUGUUGACAGGCUCAUGGUGCUACUUCCCCAGGUAGCAGAAAGGUAAUACAGACAUGGCUGAUGUAACUCUACAGCUGAGUGAACUCAU